AUGGCGAGCUCUUUAAAUUCAAAAGUAUGCGCUGGAUGCAAAAAUAAUUUGCCAAAGAAGGAAUAUCUAAGUUGCUCGACUUGCGGAUCGAAGUACGACUGUGAAUGUGCAAAUAUAUCCCAAAAACAAUUCGAAAAAAUGGACCAGAAGUUAAAAUCCAGUUGGAAAUGUCCAGAAUGUUGUAGUAAACGGCCUAAGACAGGAAAUACCAACACACCUGUCAGGGCAGCCAUCACAAAUUUGACAUGCAGCAAUGAAUCUGUUAACGAAGAGCAACCUACAGAUUCAAAUAUAACCAUUCGAAAAAAACUUAGCAAGCCACCAACGCCUACAAUGUCUGCCAGCACCGAUGCCGACAGAACAUCCAACUUGACAGAAAGCAACCUACGCGGCAUAAUAAAACAAGAACUGUCAAUCACGAUUAGAGAACUAGUCACAAGUCAACUAAACACAAUUAAUGAACAAAUAACGGGAUUCCACGAUUGUAUGACUUUUAUAAACGCACAGUUUGAAGAAAUGAAAGCGGCAAUGGCAGAAAAAUCAACUAUUAUCAACAAUCUAAAAAAAGAAAACGAUCAACUGAAUGCAUCGGUUAAGGAUCUCACCACUAGGUUGAAUAUCGUAGAAUCCCAUUUGAGAGAAUGUAAUGUCGAGGUAAACGGUAUACCUGAGCAUAGGACAGAGAAUUUGGUUAAUACUAUGGUGCAGCUAGGACAAGUCGUACAAAACCCUUUAUCCUCGGACGACAUUCAGCAUGCUUCGAUAUCUAUUAUCAAAAUGUGCGUGGAU